AUGGUUGAGAUAGUUGAAAUGCCAUCUAUGAACGUUGACGAUCCCUCUCCUUGUCCACAAUGUCCGAAAACGUUUGCAAAUGUCAGACUUCUUCAACAGCACCAACAAAUGUUUCAUUCUGAUAAGUCAUUCGUUUGUGAGAUAUGCGGGAAAGCUUUUCGUUUUCGAUCGAAUCUCGCGGAACAUCGCUCUGUCCAUACAGCGUUGAAGCCUUACGUAUGCAAGUAUUGCGGGAAGAGUAGCCGGCUGAAAGGAAAUCUCACCAAACAUAUACUUAAGCACCAUAAAAAGGAGCAGAACGAACAGAUAGGGAAAGAUGACAUUAUUAUUAAGAAGGGUAAAAAAUCGGUUAAGGACCCUGCGGCGGUGGAUUUUCUGGAGAAAUCGAUGAUUGUCAUGGCUCAAAAUACUACAAACGAAUCAACAACGCUUACUCUUUUACCACAGGAUGAAAACAAUGAACAGGAGAGGUCAAUCUUAAUUUCGCUUGGACUUGAUUACAACCACUCGCUGGAUCUUCGAGACAGCCCGGACGCAAGCGCGAGCCCAGAAAAUGGCACGUAUAACACGAUGAAACCGGAAUACAUAGAGGAUCAAUCUUAUGGUAGUCCACUGCCGAACAAUACAGUUGGAGGUGAAACGUCCCUGGCCGCUCUGAUUGCAUCGGUUGGUUCGCCUCCUCAUCUAAACAACAGCAAGACCCAGUGUUCCGAAUGUGGUAAACAUUUUCGCAAAAGUUCCUCUUUGCACGUUCAUAUGACGCUUAAUCAUGGAUUUCCUCCACCAGAAUCUAUUGGAUCUUCAGAGGAAAAAACAAGCGAGUGCGAAGCAACUACUGACGAAAACUGCCUUCGGACCGAAUUAAGAGCUAUGCGAAGUUUGGUAUCAGAUUUGAAGGCUCAAAUUGUUGAUAUGCGUCAAGCUCAGGCAGCCCCUAACACAGAGCAGAUGUUAUCUGGUAUGGACACUCGCAUCGGACGUUUGGAGAAACAGCUCGAAGUAGCGCUGAAUUCCAUCUAUACCCUUGUACAGUUAACCACUGGUAUGAACAACAACGUAACACGUUUUCGGGAAGACGCCGUGGAUCAACUCAAAGGUAUCCGCGCCCAUCUCGACUCAGUGAAUCGUUUUGUUCUUUGA